AGCACAUACCAGCUAUAAUUUGCAGCUGAUCCUUACAGUCAGACCAGUGCUCAACACACAGGUCUGAACUUCCCCUUGAUGCAGUAGGCCCCAACUUUCCAGAGCGAUCUCCCAGCUCCAGCUGCACUCUGAUAAUGAUGGAAAUGAAUAAUGAGUAUGCAAAUGAGAAAUUGCCUUUUACGUUAAGAAGAUUUCAUAUUUCUGAAGAUUAUGGCUUCCUUCUUCCAAAUCCACUGAAAGAACUUCCUCCUUUCUACAGCCCUUGGAUGGCGAUUGCCCACAAACUUCCUCAUCUGAUUGAGAACCAUCACCUCCGUUCCCAUGUAGAAAAGAUGCCUCUGCUAAGUACUCAGCAUCUUCAAGGCCACCAAGAACUGUAUUUGGCCCACUUGGUCCUCAGCUUUAUCACGAUGGGUUAUGUCUGGCAAGAUGGUGAAAAAGGAACCGCCAAGGUCCUGCCGCGAAACCUUGCCAUUCCCUUUGGAGAAAUCUCUCAGGCUCUAGGACUACCUCUGAUCCUGGUUCAUACAGAUUUUGUUUUAGUAAACUGGAAGAAAAAGAAUCCUUAUGGGCCCCUGGAAAUUGAGAAUCUGGAUCCCAUUGUUUGCUUACCUGGAGGAGACAGCAUGAGGGGCUUCAUUCUGGUCACUUUCCUCGUUGAGAAAGCUGCGGCACCUGGGAUCAAGGCAAUGGCCCAGGCUGUGGAUGGCAUCCUCCGGCUAAACAACCGCAUCCUGGAAGAAGCACUGCAGGAACUGGCAAAUGCUCUCAGAGAUAUGAUGGAGGUUUUGAAGAAAAUGCAUGAUCAUGUGGAUCCUGCAAUAUUUUAUGGUGUGAUACGAAUAUUUCUUUCUGGCUGGAAGAACAAUCCAGCUCUGCCCAGAGGUCUGAUCUAUGAAGGUGUCUGUGAAGAGCCUGUGGCAUAUUCUGGGGGGAGUGCAGCGCAAAGCACCACGUUGCAUGCCUUUGAUGAACUCCUUGGAAUCCAGCACAGUAGAGAAAGCACUGCGUUUUUGCACAGCAUGAGGGAAUAUAUGCCUCCCCACCAUCGGGCCUUCAUCAAGGAAAUCCAGUCUGCUCCUUCGCUGAGACAACAUGUGUUAACAUCGGAAAACAAGGACCUCCGUUCUGCAUACAACAAGUGUGUGGCUGCCCUUUCAGACUUAAGGACCUAUCACAUUGCCGUGGUCACCAAGUACAUCACUGUGGCAGCCACUAAUGCCAAAGCCAAGCAAAGCCAGGCCACAGGCGCGCUUCCAAUGAGCCCCCCUUCAUUCCUGGAAGGGAAAGGAACGGGUGGUUCAGGGGCUGUGAGUUUCUUAAAAAGUGUUAGGGACACAACAAGGGAAGCAAUGAUCAAGUUUUAAAAGCCUGUUCUGCCCCUUUAAACAGAUAGGGUGUAAGAGCAUCAUUACUGGACCAAAACACCAUCUUAGGAUAUUUAUAUGGUAAUGUGGGUCAUGGCUGUUGGUAGUGGUAGGAGUGGAGGGUAGUUUAUACAAUUAUAUUAUUAACAUGACAUAUCUAUAAAUUAUGUAUGGCGUGGAGAAAUCGGGCAGUGAUAACUUUUUCCCCCUCUGCCAUUUGAGGCAUCUGAUGAAGUUGAUGGGCAAUGGAUUCAGGACAGACAAAAGGGAAUACUUCUGCAAACAAUGACUUGUGAAAUUCUCUCUCCCAGGAUUUAGCAAUGGGCACUUUUAAAGAUUAAUUUAAAAGAGCAUUAGUCCAAUUCAUGGAGUAUAGUUCCAUCAAUGGCCAUUAGCUAUGAUGGUUAAAUGGAACUUUCAUGUUCAGAGAUACCGUGAUUCUGAAUACCAGUUGUUGGGAGGGUAGCAAUAGGAAGUUUUAAUUUGGUGUCCUGAUUGCUUGGCUAUUGUGGGAAGCAGGAUGCUGGACCAGAUGAACUAUUGGUCUUAUUCAGCAGAGCUCUUGUUACGUUCUUGUGGUCAAUACUAGUAAAGAACUUCAGAACUAACCAAGAUCAGCCCUGAUUAGUACUUGGAUGGGAGACCACCAAGGAGAUCCAGGGUUGCUAUGCAGAGUUCAUGUGGUGGCUAGAAAUCUCCCGGAAUUACAACUGAUCUCCAGGCCACAGAGAUCAGUUCCCAUGGAGAAAAUGGCUGCUUUGGAGGGAGGACUCUACGGAAUUAUACCCUGCCGAGAUCCUUCCCCUUCACAAACCCUGCCUUUCCCAGGCUACACCCCCAAAUCUCCAGGAAUUUCCCAACCAGAAGCUGGCAACCUUAACACAGAGGCAGGCAAUGGCAAACCACCUCUGAAUGACUUUUGCCUUGAAAACUCUAUGAGGUUGUCAUAAGUCGGCUACAACUUGGCAGCACUUUGCAUAUGUCGUACAUGCUAAAAAGGAACCAUUCUUAUGAGGUAUCACGUGACGAAGCAGCAUAGGAGAUGCAGUGAAAGGCCUAUAGGGGGCCUAGAACACUCCAUUUGGAGAUUCUUGCAGCUGAUGCAUACCACACAGUGCCACCUCCUGGCAGAGACUCACAUGGCACCCAUUCCAUCCCCCCUUUAUUAAAGAAAAGUGGGCCAGGUGGUAGUGCCAUUUCACCUGCCCGAUUUUACUGUAAGCAAGUGCUCCAAUGCCAUCUUGCAGUGGAAUGUACAGUUGUUUGAACCAGCCCUUGCUCGCAGAAUUACAAUAUCAUGAAAUUUAAUUUGUUUCCCUCUUUUAAAUGUUGUGUGGCAUGGCUCUUAGAGCAUCUGGACAUGACUCUGUUUCUCAGUGAGCAGUGCUACCCUGCCUAUGACCAAGGAUAGCUGUAGUCAGUAUAUUCUGCACCCCCCCCCCCCAAAAUAAAGGGCUAUGGUAUUCUGUGCUCAGAACAGUUCAAGUCUGUGAUCUGCAUAUAUUAUGCAAAUUAAUAAACGUGCAAAUCUGAUUGUA